UUAACUUCCUGCACAAACCCACACCCUCUCUUCCUCUGAAACACUCGAGGAGUCAGGAAAUAUAGGGUUCUUCCAAAUCUCUAUCGAUCAAUUCUAGACGUAUAUUUGUUGCCGGGCUUGCGGGUUCCAAGCUUAUAAAUCCCGACGGAGGUUAAAUUUGUGUACUUUUGGUUUGUGAGAGAGCCAUGGAAACGGAUCUCAGUGAUUAUACCGUCGUCAAGGAAGGAGAAGCGGAGAUUCUCAUGCACAAGAAGAACCAAGUGUUCUUCAACAAGGCCCAGGUCAACAACAGGGACAUGUCUAUUGCUGUCCUAAGGGCAUUUAUAAUCAAACGCAAGCAAGAGCAUGAGGCUAUGUUAUCUAAAAGAAAUAAACAUGCUGGGAAAGUAUCUGAGAAAGAUGCUUCUGAAGCUGCUAAGGAAGAAGCUCCCAGUGAGAACAAUAUGAAUAAUGGGAAAAUUAACGGAGAACAUGAAGUGGCACUUGGAAAUGGACCGUCUUGCGCAUCAAAUGAACCUUCCAAGGCCACUGAGGAAUCGGCUCGGAGAGAACUGAAGCCACCGAGAUUGCUUGAGGCAUUGUCUGCUUCCGGUUUAAGGGCUUUGAGAUAUGCUCGUGAAGUUGAUGGAAUUGGUCAAGUUGUGGCCCUAGAUAAUGAUGAAGCAUCCGUUGAAGCUUGUCGGAGGAACAUAAAGUUCAAUGGCUCAAUGGCUUCUUCAAAGGUGGAGUCACAUCACACUGAUGCUCGUGUAUACAUGCUCACCCACCCAAAAGAAUUUGAUAUGGUUGAUCUCGAUCCAUAUGGUUCGCCAUCUAUCUUCCUUGAUUCAGCUGUCCAGUCAGUUGUUGAUGGAGGGUUGCUGAUGUGUACAGCAACUGAUAUGGCAGUGCUAUGCGGCGGUAAUGGAGAGGUCUGCUAUUCCAAAUACGGUUCUUAUCCAUUGAGAGGAAAGUACUGUCAUGAGAUGGCUCUGAGGAUCCUUCUUGCCAGCAUCGAGAGCCAUGCAAACCGCUACAGGCGGUAUAUUGUUCCUGUCCUAUCUGUGCAAAUGGAUUUCUAUGUUCGUGUUUUUGUCCGCGUCUACACCUCGGCAAGUGCAAUGAAAAACACUCCACUCAAGCUCUCAUAUGUUUAUCAGUGCACCGGUUGUGAUUCCUUUCAUCUUCAGCCUGUUGGAAGAUCUCUCCCUAAGAAUAACAGCAUCCGGUAUCUUCCAGCAACUGGUCCUGUUGUUCCUCAGGAUUGCAUCCAUUGUGGAAAGAAAUAUAACAUGGGUGGACCGAUAUGGUCUGCUCCCAUACACAAUCAAGAAUGGGUGACUUUGAUACUAAACGGUGUAAAAUCCAUGAAAGAUCGAUACCCUGCUUGUGACCGGAUUUGUGCUGUCCUGACAACAAUUUCAGAGGAAUUACCGGAUGUUCCUCUCUUCUUGAGCUUGCACAAUCUCUGUGCAACCCUAAAAUGCACUUCACCUUCAGCUGCAAUGUUCCGAUCAGCAGUGAUCAACGCAAAGUUUCGAAUCUCGGGGACCCAUGUGAACCCACUUGGGCUUAAGACAGAUGCUCCCAUGGAUGUCAUCUGGGAUAUCAUGCGCUGCUGGGUUAAGAAUCAUCCUGUGAAGGCUCAAUCAUGUGAUCUUCCUGGAAGUAUGAUUCUGUCCAAAGAACCAUCUCAUCUGGUGGACUUCUCGCGCUGCGUUGGUUCACUUAGCAAGGCCCAGGCGAAGAAAGUAGCUCGCUUUCUGCCAAACCCAGAAAAGCAUUGGGGCCCAAAGGUAAGGGCUGGUCGCCAAAUCACAAGCAAACACAUCUCUCUCCUUGGUCCUGAAGCUGUGAACGGCCAUCUCAAACACCACCAUGAGGAAGAAGAAGGCAACAACCAGGAAGAGCGUGAUGCCAAACGCUUAAAGACAACAGAGGAUAUUUCUUCAACAUCACAAGAAGAAACACACACAUAAUACACCAGGUUUUGUCUGCAGAAGAUUUGUCCUUUUUGUCAUCAUAAGGCAUUAGCAGAGAGAAAUGAUUGCAUAAAGGAAACCGAACAUGUGGAGAAGCCUCUUUAAAGAAGACAUUAUCUGUCUUGUGGGGAAGUCUUUUUUUUCUCAAUAGCUGAAAUCUUUUUGCUGA